AUUUUCCAUUGUACCUUUGAUUUUUUAUGGUAAAACUGGCUUAUUUUAGGAAAAAAUAAAUUAAAAUGGGAAAUAAUGAAAAUGAGUGGCUGAAAUACAAAGAAGAAGGAAACAAAGCAUUUAAGUUAUCUAAGUAUGAAGAGGCGAUUAGAAAUUAUUCUACAGCUCUUGAAACAUGCAAACAAAAAGAUGACAUCAGCACGUUGUAUAAAAACAGGUCUGCAUGUUAUUUGAAAUUAAAGAAAUAUGAUGAAGCUAUCAACGAUGUGGAUAAAGUAUUGAAACAGAAUGGAAGUGAUGUAAAAGCUCUUUUUAGAAGAUGUCAGGCAAACGAAGCCCUGGGAAAACUGGAACCAGCAUUUAUUGACAUCAAAAGACUUAUCCAGUUGGAACCAAAGAACACUGCUAUUCAGGAAGCCUUUCGCCGAAUCAGAUUGAAUGCACAAGAAAAACUAUCGAAAACACAAUCAACCAGCGGUAUGAUAAACGACAUGAUGGAAGCCCUGGCUAGCAAAACAGAGACCCCGGAACGGAAAAGGCAGGCGCUGUCAAAUCUUGUAAUCUAUUCUCACCAAUCCGGCGGUCGUCACGUGUUAUUUAAGGAGGGCUACUUAGAGAAACUAAUUGUUCUCCUCAGUGGGGAUGUUGAAAAUUCAAUUAGUCUGAUGAAAAUUCUGCAUGGGUUUUGCGAGAACAAUUUGCAACAGUCACUAGCCGUGUUGAAAAUAUUUCCAGUCAGUAAGCUUCAACAUGCUGUCUUGGAGUAUCCAAGCAACAUUGACCACACCACAAACACACUCUCCGUUGUGGCGGUGAUUUUAAAAGCAAUGAUUGAGCACUUCAAGGAACUGCAUAAAUUAAAACCAGAGCAAGAAGGAAAGUAUGUAUUUGUGAAGGAGAGUCAGGAUAAAGUAAAGGCAGACGUGGAAAAGAUUCCUUCGUAUUUGACAUUACUGCAACUUCUUGUUAGUUUGCUUAGCGAUAAAGCACUGCCCGCAGAAGGAAGAGAUGCUGUGGUAGAUGCUUUUAUAAAAGCGAUUGGUUAUCAUAAAUGCGUGGGAGAUUUCAUCAUCGUCAAUAAAGGAGUGCGGAAACUGUUGGAGUUAGCAGCGUUAAGUUGUUUUCCUAUGAUAAAUGAAGCAGCUCCUCUGCCGGUAACCGAAAAAACCUACAUUCACGUGUCUGUGGCGUUAUCUUUAAUUUUCGAAUACAUACAGUAUCAUGAGAAAGAGAAGGUUAAAUAUGUGGAGCAGGUUGAAUCUGUUGUGAACUCAUUGAUCGAUUCUAAGAAUUUUACUGUGAAUCUUCAAGCCCUAGUGGCUUUGUCAACAGUAAUUCUUUCAUCGAGAGAAACUGGUCAAACAUUGGCUACAAAGAAUGAUAACAUUAGUAAGGUCAUGGUGUUGGCCUGCAGGGAGGAGAGCGUAGCUAAGCGAUUAGCUGGAGAAGUAUUGGCUCUUGCUGCCACAGACAAAACAGUAUGCAACUCCAUCGCAGAACUAGGUUUGGAAAUUUUAAAGAAGUUAUACCAGUCUAGUGAUCAUAGCAUACGUGUGCGAGGUUUGGUGGCGCUGUGUAAGGUGUGCAUGAAAGGUUCUGGUAGCGUCCGCGAUCAGAUAUUAGUAGAUGAUGGAGCCGAAAAAUUGUAUCAAGCGUGUCGAAAGUUUUUGAUGAGCACGAGUAAAGAGUUUGAGCUGAAAAAAUGGGCGUGUGAGGGACUAGCAUAUCUCACCUUAGACGCCGAUGUCAAAGAACUCUUAGUCGACGACACUGCCGCGCUGAACACAUUACUUGAUCUUGCUAAAUCCGACGAUACGACUGUGAUGUACGGCAUCUGUAAUACGCUUGUUAAUUUGACGAACAGUUAUGAUAAACCCGAUAGGAACCCAGAGCUCGAAGAAAUUGCAAAAUUUGCUAAACAACCUCUGCCCCAGGCUCACGAGAAAGAUGCUGAAGAUUUUGUUACUAAACGUGUCACAAAACUUAUCGAGCAUGGCCUCGUAACGGCCCUCGUAAAUUUCAAGAAUGUUCGAAGUGAUAACACCAAGGAAAUGAUAGCACGGAUAUUCUCCGCCGUUGCGACUGACGUGAGUCUGCGUGGGAAAAUAAUCGCCCAAGGUGGUGUGAAAACUCUUCUUCCCUUUGCUCUGUCCGGUACGGAAAAGGGAGAGGACUUGGCUUCGCAAGCUUUAGCCAGAAUUGCAAUCACAAAUGACCCUAGGUUGGCUUUUACUGGUCAACGUUGCAUGGAAGUUGUGCGACCCUUCGUUAAAAUGCUUCAUUUCAGACGAGACCCAUUGUUACGCUUUGAAGGUUUAAUGGCUUUGACUAACCUAGCUUCGAUGAAUGACGAUGUUCGCAGAAGAAUUAUGAAGGAGAAGGGUUUUGAAGAGAUCGAAGCGUUGAUGUUUGAAGAAGAUGACGAUUUACGGAGAGCAGCAACUGAAUGCAUGUGCAAUUUGGUUUUAAACGAGCAAGCGUUUAAUCGUUUCAAAGACAAAACAUCCCCGACGGAGCGUGUCAAGCUAAUAACUUUAUACUGUGGGGAAGAUCCGCCGGAAUUAGCACGUGCCGCCGCAGGUACGCUUGCAAUUUUAACUUCUGAUGCCGAAAUUUGCAAAAUGGUAGUCGAGAUAAAAUCGCAUUUAGAAAUUUUGAAAUUUUUAUUGACAUCACAAAAUCUGGAACUUCGACAUCGAGGACUUUUCAUCGUUGCAAACCUGCUUGAGAGUGAAAAAGAAAUCGCUGCGAAGUUGAUUGAAGAUGAACUCUUUGAAGUAUUAUUAGCGCUGAAAGCGACAGUAACCCAAGAAAACUUAAGCAAUGAGUUAAACAGAUGUUUUAAUGCUGCGGAGAAAUGGAAAAUAAUUCAAGAGAAUCCUGGUCAAUAAAUUUUGCAUUUUGUUACGAUAUGCUGUUUUUUGUAGUUAAAAAAUUUUAAAUUAUUUUUUAAGACUUGUGUUUCCAUGGGUAAAUUCAACACAUUUUGAUACUCCUCAGCUGAAAGUAAAACCGUAAAAGGCUUCUGUUGAUUAACCCUUACGUUUUUAUAGACUACUUUUUAGCCAGAAAAUAGUUUGCUUUAUGGCUCAGAAUAAGACCAAGAUUGGUUCGUGUUUGGCACCGUUGGGUAGCUCAAUUCAUCUUUUUUCUAACGUGGCGGUCCAACUGUGAGAUAGUUCUAGAUUGGAUAUAUUUGGCACCUGUUAAAGAAAUUAAAUAAGCAACAAAUUACUAGUACUAAUUUUCGUGAAAUUGUUCUCGCUAAAGUUAGCGCGAUUAAAUUUUCGAAGUUCAGUUUCAACCUUGAAUACCAAAUAAAAUUCAGCAGCAAAUAGUCUCAAUAAUUGUAGCAUGACAAUGAUAUUUCUGGGUUGUUUUUCUGUGUGUUUUUUUCUGUAUAAAAUUAACUGUAAUAUAUCUUUUUUAUGAUUGAACUUUAUUUAUUGCAUUUUUCACUCUUUGUAUAAAACAAUUUUAUAUAUAAAUAUUAUAUCUAGA